AAAGCAGCUCUCUAUUCCUCCUUACAGGAUUCUCGUCCUCCCCUUUUCACCAUGGGGAGUGUACAUAUUGUAACAUACCUACCAUAUACUGUCUUAGAAGGUAUCGUUUUAAUGAUGUAUAACGAAAGAGAACGUUUGGAUGGUUCUUGGAAAGCGCACGCGGUCACAGGACUCGGGACACUUUGAGGCGGGGAGGAGUUACGGUGGUGUGUUCGUUUUGAACUUUUUUUGUUUGUUGUGUUGUUUCGUUCAACUCGAGAUGCCGUUUCAGGCAAGACGACAGUAUAGGAAACAUGGUUGACUGGCAGGCUACUACAUCCAAGAUUUGUGAAACUUAAGUAGCGCGUGUGGGUUACACGUGUCUGAGAACGGGAACAUGAAGACCUUUGACGGUGACGGUAAUGUAAUGGUGUGAUUUAUAGCGGACGCAUUGCACGCGGAGUCUCCCACCACGGAUUCAUUUGGUUAACGUCUCAUUCCUCUCCAGAAAACGGAUCUCUCCAGAUCAUUCUGGAUCUCUCUCUCCUCGCCCCUAUAGUGGAUUUGGAUAUGGGAUAGUGAUCCCAGACUCCUGGACCACACACCUCCGGCCCUUCUUCAGCCAGCAGGAGUAUCUUCUAGUGCGACACACACACACCGUCAGCUGGUUCACAGUGGCUACUACUGGGGAUGGGGGAUCCAGUGGAGGGCUCUCUUCUGUAUGAUGGUCAGAGAUACUCUGGCAGGAACCACAGUGGAACCAUCGCAGAACCACGCGGCACCCACGCAGAACCAGGACGGAACCCAGCAGCUUCCGGGGGAAACCCUAGAACACGUAGAACAACAGAACCGCGUUCAAGAACAACAGAACCAACUCCUAGAACUCGAGAACUUCGAACUCUUAGGUCAAGAGAAUGAACUCUUAGAACAACAGAACCUAGAACAACAGAUCCAACUCUUAGAACUAGAGAAUACAGUCCAGACCAGCACAGACAACCGGUCCAGACCUCCAGACAAGACCAGUUCUGGCGGUGCCCUCCAUCCCUGGUGGCCUCAACAGAGCAGCUUUAGAGCGACUAGACCCAGUGUCCCUCUCCCCUGCCUCGGCCCUCUUCUCCACUUGCCCGAUCCGAUCCCAGACUCCUGGCCCACACACCUCCGGCCCUUCUUCAGCCAGCAGGAGUAUCUUCUAGUGCGACACACACACCGUCAGCUGGUUCACAGUGGCUACUACUGGGGCCCUAUGGAGAUGGAGGAGGCCCACCGCACACUGCUACUCACACCGCCUGGGAGCUUCCUCAUCAGGGACAGCAGUCAGCCGGACGUCUUCUUCACCCUCAGUUACCACGGCGAUCGGGGGCCCGUCAGUGUCCGCGUCCUCCUGACCAGUCAGAGUUUCCGCCUCAACGGCAGUAACAAGGCCUUUGAUUCAUUGUUCGCCUUGCUGCGGUUCUACGUGGAGUCAUCCCAUAGGCGGCUGCGGAGGGCGUGGCGCAGGGAGCAACCCAUGACCUUACAGCAGCUGUGUAGGGGACGAAUCGUGGAGUUGUACGGAGCGGAGAGGAUAGAUUCACUACCUGGGCUUAACCAGGUGGUCAUACAGUAUCUACAGGACUAUCCUUAUAGUGUAUAGACACACCCUCCUACCGGAGAGUUUGGGGCACCACUUCCGUUUCAACAGACUGAAACUUUCUGACCGGUACUGACCCGAAACUACAAUGGAGUGGAGCCCCAGAAAACGGAAUUGGAAAUUUGCUGAUUUUUACACUCUCUGUCUCUGGUCUGGUUCUGUGGUUCUGUCUCUGGUCUGGUUCUGUGGUUCUGUCUCUGGUCUGUGGUUCUGUCUGUGGUUCUGUGGUUCUGUCUCUGGUCUGUGGUUCUGUCUCUGGUCUGUGGUUCUUAUCUGUGUGGUUCUGUCUCUGGUCUGUGGUUCUUAUCUGUGGGGUUCUGUCUCUGGUCUGGUUCUGUGGUUCUGUCUCUGGUCUGUGGUUCUUAUCUGUGUGGUUCUGUCUCUGGUCUGUGGUUCUUAUCUGUGGGGUUCUGUCUCUGGUCUGUGGUUCUUAUCUGUGUAGUUCUGUCUCUGGUCUCUCUGUGAUUCUGUCUCUUGGGCCAGUUCUAGGCUGGUCAUGUACUGUAGUUCUGGUCUGUGGUUCUGAAGGUACAGUGGGUUGGUUUCCCAAACCUUAUUCUAAAAUGGAUUUUAAAAAAAAGGUUUCCCUCAUCAAUCUGCACACAAUACCCCAUAAUGACAUCACAAUACCCCAUAAUGACAUCACAAUACCCCCAUAAUGACAUCACAAUACCCCAUAAUGACAAAGCGAAAACAGGCUUUUAGAAUUUUGGGCAAAAAAAAUAACAGAUACCUUAUUUACAUAAGUAUUCAGACCCUUUACUAUGAGACUUGAAAUUGAGCUCAGGUGCUUCCUGUUUACAUUGAUCAUCCUUGAGAUGUUUCUACGACUUGAUUGGAGUCCACCUGUGGUAAAUUCAAUAGAUUAGAUAUGAUAUGGAAAGGCACACACCUGUCCCACAGUUGACAGUGCACGUCAGACCCGAAAACCAAGCCAUGAGGUCGAGGGACUUGUCCGUAGAGCUCCGAGACGACAGGAUUUUGUCAAGGCACAGAUCUGGGGAAGGGUACCAAAAAAUGUGUCUGCAGCGUUGAAGAACACAGUGGUCUCCAUCUUAAAUGGAAGAAGUUUAGAACCACCAAGACUUCCUAGAGCCGCCCGCCCAGACAAACUGACCAAUCAGGGCAGAAAGGCCCUUGGUCAGUCUUUACUAACGACAUGCUACAUGCUAUUGAGUCUUUACUAACGACAUGCUACAUGCUAUUGAGUCUUUACUAGCGACAUGCUGCAUGCUAUUGAGUCUUUACUAGCGACAUGCUGCAUGCUAUUGAGUCUUUACUAGCGACAUGCUGCAUGCUAUUGAGUAAAACCAGAGUGUCUAUGUAUGUGGCCUUGGUCAGUCUUUACUAGCGACGUGCUAUAUGCUAUUGAGUCUUUACUAGCGACAUGCUACAUGCUAUUGAGUAAAACCAGAGUGUCUAUGUAUGUGCUCUAACCACUAGGCUACCUGCCACCCCAGAGCUACCUGUCUAACAGAACACAGUGUUCUUUAAUGGAAGCCUGUACAACAAAAUCAAGGUAGAAUCAGGAAUUCCCCAGGGCAGCUGUUUGGCACCUUCUUUUUUUCAAUCUUUACCAACAACAUGCCAAUGACAUUUGAGUAAAGCCAGUGAGUCUAUGCAUGCGGAUGACUCAACACUGUACAUGUCAGCUACUACAGCGACUGAAAUGACUGCAACACUUAACAUAGAUAGAGCUGCAGUUAGUUUCAGAAUGGGUGGCAAGAAAUAAGUUAAAUAAAUAUUUACAAUAACUUAAUAAUUAAAAGCAUUUUUAUUUUGGACAAAUCAUUCACUAAACCCUUAAACCUCAACUACCUCUCGUAAUGAGUCAUGAGUCAUGAGUCAUGAGUAAUGAGUCACGAGUCAUGAGUCAUGAGUCAUGAGUCACGAGUCACGAGUCAUGAGUCAUGAGUAAUUAGUCAUGAGUCAUGAGUCAUGAGUCACGAGUCACGAGUCAUGAGUCAUGAGUAAUGAGUCAUGAGUCAUGAGUAAUGAGUCAUGAGUCAUGAGUAAUGAGUCAUGUGGAAAUUGAGCAGUUGAGGUGACUAAACUGCUUGUAGCAGGGGCGUGAAACUGAAACAGUAAUUCAGGCCACUUUAAUAAUGUUUACAUAUCUUACAUUACUCCUCUAUCACAUGUAUCACAUGUAUAUAUAUACUGCAUUUUAUGCCACCGUCAGCCUGUUGAGGAAGAGUCAUAGCAGAGUAACCAGGAAGUAAUUACCACUAGGAAACCAGUAGGCGGCACAGUAACUCACUGCUCUCUGACAUCUUGUCAAUGAUAUCAUCUUUGUCAAUUCAGGAAGUAAUUACCGCCUGUUGAGGAAGAGUCAUAGCAUAGCAGAGUAACCAGGAAGUAAUUACCACUAGGAAACCAGUAGGCGGCGCAGUAACUCACUGCUCUCUGACAUCUUGUCAAUGAUAUCAUCUUUGUCAAGUCAGGAAGUAAUUACCGCCUGUUGAGGAAGAGUCAUAGCAUAGCAGAGUAACCAGGAAGUAAUUACCACUAGGAAACCAGUAGGCGGCGCAGUAACUCACUGCUCUCUGACAUCUUGUCAAUGAUAUCAUCUUUGUCAAUACAGGAAGUAAUUACCGCCUGUUGAGGAAGAGUCAUAGCAUAGCAGAGUAACCAGGAAGUAAUUACCACUAGGAAACCAGUAGGCGGCGCAGUAACUCACUGCUCUCUGACAUCUUGUCAAUGAUAUCAUCUUUGUCAAGUCAGGAAGUAAUUACCGCCUGUUGAGGAAGAGUCAUAGCAUAGCAGAGUAACCAGGAAGUAAUUACCUCUAGGAAACCAGUAGGCGGCGCAGUAACUCACUGCUCUCUGACAUCUUGUCAAUGAUAUCAUCUUUGUCAAGUCAGGAAGUAAUUACCGCCUGUUGAGGAAGAGUCAUAGCAUAGCAGAGUAACCAGGAAGUAAUUACCUCUAGGAAACCAGUAGGCGGCGCAGUAACUCACUGCUCUCUGACAUCUUGUCAAUGAUAUCAUCUUUGUCAAGUCAGGAAGUAAUUACCGCUGGUAACAAUAUGAUUGUUGGCCAUGUUUUCUCGAGUUAUAUGCAGCUUCAGUGUCUUGUGUCCUCUGUAGCUGAGCCCACAUUUACCAACAACUUUAACUACAUCCAUCACACGUUCCGUGACCUGCCUGCCUCCUCUUUCUGACCUGGUCUCGUUGAACUGACAUUAUCACUCAGAAGGGUACGGAUGUCUGCUCUGCUCUGAAAAAGGCUUCUGCACUUUCUCUAUGGGUCUUCUCUCAUGUUCCUCUCUGAUGGGCGUGUUUCCAGGCCUCCUUUCUCUAUGGGUCUUCUCUCAUGUUCCUGUCUCUGAUGGGCGUGUUUCCAGGCCUCCUUUCUCUAUGGGUCUUCUCUCAUGUUCCUGUCUCUGAUGGGCGUGUUUCCAGGCCUCCUUUCUCUAUGGGUCUUCUCUCAUGUUCCUGUCUCUGAUGGGCGUGUUUCCAGGCCUCCUUUCUCUAUGGGUCUUCUCUCAUGUUCCUGUCUCUGAUGGGCGUGUUUCCAGGCCUCCUUUCUCUAUGGGUCUUCUCUCAUGUUCCUGUACUCUCUGAUGGUUGUGUUUCCAGGCCUCCUUUCUCUAUGGGUCUUCUCUCAUGUUCCUCUCUGAUGGGCGUGUUUCCAGACCUCAUUUCUCUAUGGGUCUUCUCUCAUGUUCCUGUCUCUGAUGGGCGUGUUUCCAGGCCUCCUUUCUCUAUGGGUCUUCUCUCAUGUUCCUGUACUCUCUGAUGGGCGUGUUUCCAGGCCUCCUUUAACAAAUGCACUACCACUGGCUGAAGGUUUUGUGAAUGACAAGACAUACUGAGCAGAACAAGGAGUGAGUUACUUCAUUGUAGGUCGGCCAUUUUCUGUUUCUGACAUCUUUGGAGUGGAACACGUUGGAAUGGGUCCUUUGAGGGGUUUGUUUUGGGUGGAAAAGGACAUCAACAUCCCUGGACUGACGACGGGCAGAAUAAUCAAAUGGAUUUACAGUGUCCCUUUCCACUUUCCCUGUACUGAGCUUUGAACCUCCCCCUCUCUCUCUCUACCUCUCUCUGUGUCUCUGUCUCUCUGUCUGUCUCUCUCUACCUCUCUCUGUCUCUCUCUACCUCUCUCUCUGUCUGUCUCUCUCUACCUCUCUCUCUGUCUGUCUCUCUCUACCUCUCUCUACCUCUCUCUCUGUCUGUCUCUCUCUACCUCUCUCUGUCUCUCUCUACCUCUCUCUCUGUCUCUCUCUACCUCUCUCUCUCUACGUCUCUCUGUCUCUCUCUCUGUCUCUCUCUCUGUCUCUCUCUCUCUCUCUCUGUCUCUCUCUCUCUCUCUCUCUGUCUCUCUCUCUACCUCUCUCUCUCUGUCUCUCUCUCUCUCUCUCUGUCUCUCUCUCUCUCUCUCUCUGUCUCUCUCUCUACCUCUCUCUCUCUGUCUCUCUGUCUCUCUCUCUCUCUCUCUGUCAAUUCAAUUCAAUUCAAGGGCUUUAUUGGCAUGGGAAACAUGUGUUAACAUUGCCAAAGCAAGUGAGGUAGACAACAUACAAAGUGGAUAUAUAAAGUGAAAAACAACAAAAAUUAACAGUUGUCUCUCUCUCUCUCUCUGCAGAAUGAUAUUAACAUUGUAAAUAACUUAAACUUGUAUUAUUUGUGCAAGUCAUCGAUUGUAUGCCUCCCCCCCAGAUAACAGGCCACCAGGCCACCAUUACCCUACUAAUAAUCCUACUGAUAAUCUCAUCAAUAAAGCACCAAUGCAUCUAAAAUCA